AUGUCAAAUAGAAGUUCCACACCAUUUGUAAAUGGAAGGCCGUUUACUAUAUUUUAUAAUAAUAAUAUAUUGUCAAGAGGACUUGUUGGAUUAGCAAUAACUACAAGUACAAGCACUUCUUCUUUACCAGUAAAUAAAAAACCUCAACUUGAUAUUUUACAUCAAUCAUUAUGUCCAAUAGGUGAACAUUUAAAAAUAACAAGAUGCAGAGGCAAUAUAAUUUUGGAAUUGAAUGGAAAAAAUCCUACAAAAUUGUUUUUACAAAACCUACAACAAUCAAAUUAUGAUGAUAAUGAUAAAAAAUAUUCAAAAGAAACUGAUUUUUAUUUAGGAAUUUAUGAUGAUGUAUUCCAAAAUGAGAAAUCCAUUGAGAUUAAAAAGAUUUUAAGUGGAGAUCCUGCAAAAGAAAAUAUGGCUAUUGAUACUAUAAAAGAUUUAAAAGUUGGACAAUAUGUUAAAUUUUUUUAUGUUAAAAAAAAUCAAAGAAAAUCAAUUUUAAAUAAUGAAUAUGAAAAAAAAUUUGUAUUAACAAAAGAAAAAAAUGAAAUUAAGAAAAUGAUAUUUAAAUAUCAAUCAGAUGAAUUGGAUGAUAUUAAUAAUGACAAAGAAAAAGGUGAUGGUGGUGACAAUAACAUUGUUUAUAAUAAUUGUUUUGCUUAA